GCGAGCAGACGGAUAAAUUCUAAUCGAUCAAACCGGACGUGAAAAUCGUUGGCCCUAUUCCAGGUCAGUGUGACAAAAUUUUCAGAAAGGACAAACAACCCAUCGAUUCAAUGUCCCUGGUUCCGGUUUUGUUCCGCGAUUGGUGGGACGACGUUUGGGACGUUCCGUUGCGCAGCUCAAGAAUCAUGGAUCAGCACUUUGCCACCGGAUUGUUGGCGGACGAUUUGUUCGGAGCAGUGACUGCCUGUCCGAGGCAAAACUAUCGCCGGAACGGCUACUAUCGCCCUUGGCGAACGGUCCUAUCCCACCAGGAUGCGGGUUCGAUUGUGAAUACGGAUAGCGACCGGUUCCAAAUCACUCUGGAUGUGCAGCAAUUUUCACCGGAUGAGAUUAGCGUCAAGACGGUGGACGAUACGGUUGUCGUCGAGGGGAAGCACGACGAGAAGCAAGACCAGCAUGGUUACGUUUCGAGACAGUUUAUGCGCCGAUACAAGUUGCCGAAUGGAUACGAGGCGGAAGAUGUUACGUCGGCUCUUUCUACCGAUGGAGUUCUGACGGUUACGGCACCGAAAAAGACGUUGACACCGGAAGUAAACGAGCGCAUUGUUCCGAUUACGCAAACGGAUGAAAUUCUCAUGGACGAGAAGACCGAUGACGAUCAAGAUCAAGAGAAGAAGUAAAAUUUCCAUCGAAUUGAAACGUAGAUUCUAAACCCAGAGCAUUUAGGCCAUUUUACCUCAGAAGAGCAGUAGGGGUCGAUAAUUUAUUAUGUUAGAUGUUUAGUAGUUUAUGAUUUAGUGAUAGUUUGU